UGGCUGUGGGUUGGUCGGAGUGUGUGUGUUGUCAGCUGACUGGCAGCGCAUCUGGUAGCAGCCACAACACUGUGUGCUUUCCGUGUGUUUUCUGCCUGACAGCUUAGUUUUGCGGGUCCUAGCCGAACCUUUGAACUCGGACCAGGGUGGGUUAUGCUUCUCGGAGCCGGCACCGCAUACGGAGGUUUGUGUACCACCAACCCAUGGCGGCCGAAAUUCAGCCCCAGCCGCAGGCUCGGAAGCCAUGUCUGCUCAGCAAAAUCGAGGGUUUCCAAGAGGUUGUGAGCACGGCGGUCAUCAUUCCAAAAGAAGACGGCGUUAUCAGCGUGUCUGAGGACAGGGCGAUUCGAGUAUGGCUAAAGAGAGACAGUGGUCAGUACUGGCCCAGUGUCCACCACACAGUGUCAUCGUCAUGCUCCUGUAUGUCCUUUAACCCAGAAACCAGGAGGCUGUUGGUGGGGAUGGAUACUGGAAGUAUCUGUGAGUUCAUCCUGUCAGAAGACUACAACAAAAUGACCCCAGCACACACGUACCAGGCCCACCAGAGCCGAGUGACAGUGGUGCUGUUUGUUUUGGAGAUGGAGUGGCUACUGAGCACUGGCCAGGACAAAAACUUCACCUGGCACUGCUCAGAGAGCGGCCAACAGCUGGGGACAUAUCGCACCACUGCCUGGGUUUCUGGACUACAGUUUGAUGUGGAGACCAGACACGCCUUUGUUGGGGAUCACUCUGGACAGGUGACCAUCCUGAAGCUGGAGCAAGACAGCUGCAGCCUGGUCACCACCUUCAAGGGACACACUGGUAAUGUGACUGCACUAUGUUGGGACCCGGUACAGAGGGUGCUGUUUUCUGGCAGCUCAGACCACUCAAUCAUCAUGUGGGACAUCGGGGGGCGCAAAGGCACUGCCAUCGAACUGCAAGGGCACAAUGACAAGGUUCAGGGUUUGUGCUAUGCUUCCCACACUCGUCAACUCAUCUCCUGCAGCUCAGAUGGAGGCAUCGUCAUCUGGAACAUGGACGUAACGCGACAAGAGACCCCAGAGUGGCUGGACAGUGACUCUUGUCAGAAGUGUGAGCAGCCUUUCUUCUGGAACUUCAAACAGAUGUGGGACAGUAAGAAGAUUGGCCUACGACAGCACCACUGUAGGAAGUGUGGCCAAGCGGUGUGUGGCAAAUGUUCAUCCAAACGCUCCACCAUCCCCCUCAUGGGCUUUGAGUUUGAGGUGCGUGUGUGUGACAGCUGCCACGAGUCCAUCACUGAUGAGGAUCGGGCACCCACAGCCACCUUCCACGACAGCAAGCACAGCAUUGUUUACAUGCACUAUGAGCCCACCACUGGAAAUCUGCUCACCUCUGGUACCGACAAGGUUAUCAAGCUAUGGGACAUGACCCCUGUGGUCUCCUGAGGUCUGUGGAUGACUGGCAGUCAGCAGGAAUCUCUCUUCACCAAACUUUGAGGGCUAAAUGGCUACAGCCGCACUUUGAGGAGAAAGAGAGAAGUAUAUCCUACAAUAUCGAUGUCAUCCAGAUAAUAUUUAACAGUUAUUCAGCAACAAGCAGUGGCUGGUUCAUGGUCACAGUGCAGACACUGCAGGCCAGUGAAGCCCGGUAACAGGACAGGCCUUGGUUGACACAAGGUUGCAGACAGUUGUGGGUGUUUGUUUGCGUGAAGGGUGCUGGUUGGUGGGAAUCUUUUUGUAUAUUAGUGUGUGUCUAUACUGUAUAUGAGUGUAUAGGAGGGGAUGAGGCAUUUGACUUUGUAAGAAGCACACCUUAUUUACUUAAUUUUCAUGCAUUCCCUGCCACAUUUUUUACUGGGAACUCGCAAAAUUGUAAUUCAGAAGUUUCUGCAUUGUGGUCAGCAGGUACCCUCAACCCAAACUAGAUUUUUUUUUUAGAUGUGAAGCAAUUCACAGACUGGACCAUAACUCAUCCAUAGAUUUAAACUCAUGUUGAUGGUGUCCUCUUCAGGCAAAAUAAUAGCUGCUGGAAGGUUUAACCUUCACUUUUCUUUGUGUGUGUUUGUUUUUUGGGUUUUACAUUUGACUUUUGCUUUGCUGUUAAAAUAUAACAUCCAUAUGUCACACUGAUCUCUAAUAGGUAUUUAAUACCAUCUUUUAAAACUGAGGACACAUAACAACACUUAGAGGAAAGGAAUGUUACAUUUAUAGAAAUGUUCAAAAUGUAAAAUACAAAACCUGUGAAAAAAACAGACACAACAGAGGCUAUAAAUAAAAUCUGCCUGCAGGCGGCACUAGUGUCAACACCUCGGGAGCUGUUGCAAUUCUUGCCUUUAGAUGGAUAGUGCUAAUGAGCAUUUCUGCAGUUUAUCUGUAGUUCUUAGUUCCCAGUUGGACUGCAACUGCACGUCUUAAUACAUCCAAUCUGUUGUCAGUCACAUCUUUGUGGGUAUAACUUUACUUAAAGCAUAUGACACUGAGGAAAAUUUUGCAACUCCCUGGAUGUUAAGUAAUACCUUCACUUGGGUCUCUAUUUAAGUUGCUAUGCCUUACAUCAACCAACAGAGGGAAGAGUUGUCCUUCUGAAAUAAGGCCAGGAAAGCAUUCUUUAUGAACACCUAUCCUGUUCAUUUUAAUUUACAUCAGAAGGUUGUGUUAAGGCUAUAAUUCAGCUCUGUGCUUUUGUUCUUACAGGGGGUCAGGUGAGUAUGAAACUCCAUGGUAUCAGAAUAUCCACACAUGUAUUCUUUAAUUUAAGUGUGUGAGUGGCUGCUUGAACUAAAUGACCUCUCCACGGAGUGUUACAGCUAAAACUGGAUGUCAAGUAACCCUCUUAACUUCUAAAAGUUGGUCCAAGAUUAGACUCAUGCUCUGCAGCCAAACAUUAUUCAGGUACACAGAACUUCAUAUGUAAUUUCCAGUAGGGUAAUUUCUUGUAGGGAUAUUAAAUAUUUCAAAGACACAAAAUGCAGUAUGUGAGUGUAAAAUUUAAAAAAUGUAUACAAAUUGACACUUAAAGUAUUAAGAUUUGUUGAAGCCUUCUGUACAUUGAUCAAUCGAAUUGCUUGCUGAUCUCUGGAAAAAAGAUUUUGUAUGUUCUGUCCUGUCAUCACUGGAGCUGUUCUUAUAUUAUUUAUUCUAAGUGUAGUGUAAAUAUUUCUGACAUACAAAUGAACAUAUCACCAGAUUAAUCAGAGGCAGCACAUAAAUACUGUACAUGUUCCAUGUCUGAGAGGAAACUAAUGAAAAUGGUUUGCUUUGAUUUUGUUCUCAUUGUUACUGUUAUGUCAUGUGUCAUGAUAAUGCAUACUGACUUUUAUGUCAAUGCACUGGAAUCAAGAGAAAAAUCACUGCUGUGAAGAGGAAAUGAUUUUUAUACAUUUUUUUUUUUAACAAUUACCAUGUUUGUGCUUUGAUGAACAGAGCAAAAGCAAAAUUCUUCUAAUGUUCAAAAACCCCACUAAAUAUUUUCCAAAGAUAUUUGAGGUUUAGAUUGUAGAAAUUAAGGGUUUCAGUCAAAUGAUUGUAGGCUUGACUGUUAAAAAAAAAUGACAGCACAUUCUGAGCUACUCAUAAAGUAUAUUUACAGCAGCUUUUAACUCAUGAGCAUAAGCCUGAGGGUAUGAAUAUUUUUAAAGGACCAUGGCAGUGUUUUUCUGAGGUUUCAACAACCACAAAUCAUGUAUAUUUAUGCUGACCAGUUUCUAAUGCAUUGUGUUUUACAUGAAUUCAUGUAAAACUGGGUGUCUGAAAUAGUAGUAAAAAAAACCCUAAACUAUAACACAAUAGCUUGUCUUGCAAAAGAAAUAUCUGUAAUCAUGAGGUGUGUGAUUUAAAUGAGAAAAAAUGUUCAAAAUCACUGGUGUAGUCCCUUAACUACACAGGAGAUACAAAUAUAUUGACAAAAGCUAAACUUUUCUUUUCAGUCAAUAUAAAUUCAUCUGAGUUGUGACCAUUAAUGUAACAAUGUGUGUAUAAAUAAUAUAUUAAAAAAACAGGUACCAGA